AUGCGCAUGGAGGAUAGCCGCCUCCCCAAGCGCAUGCUAUUAGGAGCGAUGGAGGGGGGCGUGGGAUACCAGGGCGGGCAAGAGAGCGACUGGGUGUCUCGUCUAGGAGAGGACCUCGUGGCCUUCAACAUGGGAGACGACAAGGAAGGGGGGUAAAUGGAAAGAGAGCGCCAAGG